AUGACCAAGAAAUUGCAAGGAGAGAAAACUCCGAAGAAUAUUAAUGCUACUCUCAAGGAAUUGUUUGGGAUCAUUCCUGGGGAUGGGGAUCCACUGCAGGAGCGAGGCACUUACACAUGCAGACGGUGUGCCGUCGUGGGCAACUCUGGGAACCUUCGGCAGUCUCAGUAUGGCCAAGAUAUUGACUCCCAUGACUUUGUGCUCAGAAUGAACCGUGCCCCCACCACUGGCUACGAAUCAGAUGUUGGGAGCAAGACCACUCACCACUUCGUUUACCCUGAGAGCUACAAAGAGCUGGCAGAAAACGUGAGCAUGAUCCUGAUCCCGUUCAAAACCCUGGACCUGCGCUGGGUUGUCACCGCUCUCACCACAGGCACCAUCAACUUCACAUAUGUUCCAGUUCCACGGAAAAUCAAAGUCAAAAAAGAAAAGAUCCUGGUUUAUAAUCCAGCUUUUAUGAAAUACGUCUAUGAAAACUGGCUCCAGAAUCAUGGGAGAUACCCCUCCACAGGCCUUCUGUCUUUGAUAUUUGCACUCCACGUAUGCGAUGAGGUGAAUGUGUACGGUUUUGGAGCAAACAGCAAAGGACACUGGCAUCACUACUGGGAAAACAACGCUUCAGCUGGGGCUUUCCGGAAGACAGGUGUCCAUGACGGGGAUUUUGAGUUCAAUGUAACUUUGACUCUUGCCUCCAUUGAAAAAAUAAAUUUUUUCAAGGGCAGAUGACCCUGGCCAUGGGGAGAAGUGGGGGCUGCAAUUUCCAACAUGCAGCAGAACAAAGCUCAGUGAAGAUGAUCUGGGCGCCAGCCGGGUUUUAAUGCAUGAAUCUGCGGUGGAUUCAGAGCGUCUCACUGCUGCAAUGCUCACCGCAGGGAGCUCGGCCGAGGACCGGCUUCCACGCUGCACAUGAUUUCCUAUCUACAGAUAGCUGGGAACUACCAAUCAGUUGUGGGAAUAAAUGAAUUUCUGCUUAGGCUCUACGGCUUGAUUCUUGAAUUACUGAUGAAAGAUCUGCCUGUUGCAAUUAGGGGAAGCCUGGGCACAGGAACUGCUGUUUGUGUGUCUGUUCUUUCCUCGAGUAAGGCAGGAGAUCCUAGAAGAAGAGUGAAAACGACUUCUGGGACUUGAGACCUGCUAGGGCAGCUGUGAACAUCAUAGUAAGGAUUACCUCAAAGAAAUGAAUUCACUUCUGCUGAUCAUCUUUUUGAACUGUCUCUUCUGUUUCCUCUAUUACUUCUGGUUUUAUGCUGUAUUAAGCAAAAACAUGAUGAAGUUGCCUGGAGUAGUAAAUUUUUCAGCCAUUGCCUCAUUCUGCAUUGAUAGCAUCUAGAAAAUAUGGAUCAAAUCAUCUCUGAUCAUAUAUUAUUUAAUAUUGCUUCCUAU